AUGGCAGAAAAUGUAGGGAAGGAUUCGACAGAAGUCAUGGUUCCAAGCUGUUUCCGAGGUCUUCCCGUUCUCUUAGUUGAGCAUGAUGUUACGUCACUCACAUCCCUCUCUUCCGUACUCGAGCUCUUCUCUUACAAUGUGACAAGCGUGGAAAUGGCACGUCGUGCUCUGUCCAUGAUCGAAGAGGAGCCAAAACGAUUCAAGCUUAUCAUAACAAACAUCGAGAUGCCUGACAUCGACACUGACUCCUUCCUCAAUUCGCUGUUCGAAACAGGCAUCCCUCUCAUGCUGAUGAGUUCAGAGAUGACAACGGCCAAAGCAUCUGAAUUUCUGGCCAGAGGGGCAAGUCUUUGCCUUGAGAAGCCUGUCUCGGUGACCGACAUCAAGUAUCUUUGGCAGCACACGAUCGAUAAGGAGGAGGGCGAAGCAAAAAUCGCGAACCAACCCGAGAAGACGGUGAAAGAUCCGACCAAAAACGUUGAAACACUUGUGAAGAAUCCUCAGACUCAUUGUACAGAAGCUGAUCGGAAGGGGAAAAAGGUGAUGUCUGAAGAAAACGUCAAGAAGAAGUACUUGGAGGAUGGUCAGGUCGAGGCUUUCAGGAGAAUAGUAAGGAUGCAAAGGCCUGGACAGUCCUCGUUGCUCGGGAAAAGACCGAUCAUAAGCAAUGUCCCGAGGAAGCGUUGUGGCAUUUGGAACGCUGAGCUCCACAUGAAAUUCACAGCUGCUCUCUGUGCUUUGGGGGAGAAAAAUGCUACUCCGAAAUCCAUAUUGAAAAUUAUGAACGUCUCAAACUUGACCCAACGACAAGUCGCUAGUCACCUUCAGAAAUUCAAAGCGCAAGUUCAGCGUCUAAGUGAGACAACGCCAAGAACUGAAUGGAAAACGACGGAGAAAACGUUCAAAUAUCCAUCAAAUUACGAGUAUCCCUUCAAAGCAUCAAACUUAACUCAGAGUCUCAUAGCCAGCAAUUCGUCAUGGUAUGCACUUGCAUUGAAAAACUCCAAACCCGAGUUGCCGAAACAAAGCACGUCGUCCUCUCUGAAGAAAUGUAGCAAGAUUCCAUCAUCAUCACCAUCAUCAUCACCACCAUCACCAUCACCAUCACCAUCACCAUCAUCUGCAGAUGAAACAACGAAAGGGAAAUUUGAGUUUUGUCUUGGCGGGAAAGUCAAUCUCAAUAAGCUUCCUCUUUUUACGGAGAUGAUGAAAAACAAGCCAUCAUUCCAGUUCUGUUCAUCUCCCCAAGAUACAACAACUUCAGUCCCUCCUCCCAUGGCUGUCAACACAAAUGUUUCGGCACCUUGCGAUCCAAUUCCUUCAGACACAAGUUACAAUCCAUGCCAUGUUCUCGAGACCGGUACAAACCAGACUGGUUUGGUUUCUGCUGGUGCAAACCAAAAUCCUUAUAUUCCUGAAGUCGGUCCGCAGCAGGCUGGUUUGGUCACGCCCGAGGAGAACUGUUAUGUUCCUAAUGUGGAUGUCUUCCCAUCAAUAUCUGACUAUGUUCUCGACAACGAUUUUAGCCAAAUGGGGUUGGAUCCUUCUGAUGCAACGUUCAAUCCCUCAGCGUAUCAAGCAUUACCAGGUGAUGAUUAUGUUCUUCAGACCGAUGUAAACCAGAUGGAUUCGGUUCCUUGGGUGGAAAGUUUUCUUCUUUCUGAUGAUAUGAUCCCGGGUUUGGUUUCUUGCGAGGAAAGUUAUCUCCCUCCAGAUAACAUGAUGCCCCCUGAAACCUAUAUAAACCAGACGGGUUUGGGUCCUUGUGAGGAAAUGUAUGUUCCUGAUCUUGAGGAUAUGUUUCCCUCAGCUACAAUUUAUCACCCGGAAUCUGCAAUGGCUUCCAUGGAUUCAGCUCUUAACACCACACCAACUGUUCAGGAUUGUUCUGUAACUCAAGCUGAAGGGUCAGCAAGUCCACAUCAGAAUUUUUCAGACAUCACCCAGUUUCUGAAUCUGUCAGAUAUUGAUGAGGUAGAAGGUGUGUUACCCGUGGAAGAGAUUCAAGAUCUUGAUGAGUUUCUGGGUCUAGUGGACAAGUUUAUGAUGGACAAUGACGCGCCUUAA